ACAAAGUCAGAAACUUGGUCUCACAAAAUACCAUGUACUAAUUGGGUCAAAACCAACCGCGUAAACCACUCCUACUCUUUCACAAAAAGCCACCAAAACGUGUGCUAGGCUUGCACCCUUUAUAACCAUCUAUCUCAUCACCGGCCUUCUGCUUCCUCUCUCCUCUUGCCCGCCCUUCAUUCUUUCCACUUCAAAAAUUUCAUCCAUUUCCCAAAGCCAAAUGAGUUAUUCCAACCAAGAAGAUGAUCACUUUGAUCGUCUUCCAGAUGCUAUUCUCCUCUUAAUCUUCAAUAAACUCCUUGAUGCCAAGACUUCAAUCAGAUGCCUUUCUGUCUCCAAGCGUUUUGCUUCUCUUCUUCCCCAGAUCGACACCAUUUUUCUUCCCCUCCCUCGCUUUCUACCUGAUCCAAAACCCAGGCAAGGCUUCCCCAUUAAAGUUCUCAAAGUUUUGGUAGAUAAGUUGAUCACAAAACCUAUUCAGUUUCUUCAUCAUAUCGUUUCCUCUAAACCUGCAGCCAUAAACUCCAAUUCUAGCCAUUUCUUGUACCAUUCCCCUACUGAAGUUUUGAAAAACUUCAAGGAAAUUAAAACUUUGCGUUUGGAGCUCCCUUCCCUUGACUGUGAGAUGGGACUGGACGGUUGUGAUCAUUCAUUCCUCAAGUGGAAAGCUGAAUUUGGUGAGGAGCUCAAGAGCUGCAUAAUUCUCGGCGCAACAUCUUUUCAAAGACAAGAACGCGAAGAACACGAAGAAGAAGUACUUCAUCAACCAUUUUUGACAGAGGAAGAGCUUCAGCCGCGAAUAAUAUGGACGAUAUCUUGCUUAGUAUCUGCGUCCAUGAGGCAUUACUUGUUGAAAAAAAUUGUGGGAAAGUUGCCUAUGCUUCAAAGCGUGGUUAUUACGGAUGCGAGUAAGCAAGGAAAGCUUUGCAUGGUGGAACAACAGCUUGUUGAGCUGAGAAAUACCAUGAAGUUUGAGAACUCGCCGGAGAGGACUCCGAUACCUAACUUGUGCAUGAAGCUAUGGUACGAGCCGGUGAUGGAGUUACCGGCGUCUGGGUGUGUCAUGAAAGGGCUGACACUUGUGCUGAUCAAGCCUGCUAGUGGGGUGACGGAAAGGAGAAUAAGUGAAGGUGAUUCGUUUUUAGGUGAUUUUGAUGGAGAGGAUGACGAGAAGGCAGUUUUUGCAGAAGCUAUGAGAGAGAUAGUGAAGAGGAAGAUGGCGUUUAUGAUGGAAAUGAGUUCCUUUUGAGGUGUUAAUUAAAUUAGUAACCAUAUUUGUCUGUUUAAUUUGUAUAGGAUAAAGUUUGGAAUAGAAAAUUAUUUGUUUGCUUUGAUAGUUGGGAUCAAAUUAGGCAUUUGUGCAUAAAUAUAAGGUUAAGAAAGAAUUUAUUUCUCACUCAUAAAUUAUCAUUUGUUCUAAUUUAACCGCAUAAAAAUAAUAAAUUCAAUCACUUACGCUC